AUGGCUGAUUGGGUUAACCCGGAUGCAUUGCAUGACGCCGAGGUGUUGGAUGGGGAGAGACAGGAUGGUUCUAGUCGGGGAGAGUUGCAUGGUAUGCCGAUUCUGGUCAAGGAUAAUAUUGGAACGGUGGGUAGGAUGCAGACGACAGCCGGCUCUUACUCGCUCUAUGGUUCUCGCGUACGUGAGGAUGCCACUGUUGUGAGGAGACUCAAGGAUUCUGGGGCCAUCAUCCUCGGAAAGACGAGUAUGUCGGAGUGGAUGAAUUUCCGUUCGUCGAAUACAUCCAGUGGCUGGAGUCCUAGGGGUGGGCAAACCCUGGGUGCUUAUCAUCCGAUGCAGGACCCUGAAGGAAGCUCAAGUGGUAGCGCCGUGGCUGUUGAUCUCGGACUGGCUGUAGCAGCGCUUGGAACGGAAACAAUGGGAAGCAUACUAUUUCCCAGCGAGGUCAACAACAUUGUCGGACUCAAACCAACAGUCGGCCUUACUUCACGCUACGGCGUCAUCCCUGUUAGCGAGCGCCAAGACACCAUUGGCCCGAUGGCUCGAACUGUCAGAGAUGCGGCGUGGGUUCUGGAGGCCAUCGCAGGUAGAGAUGAGAGGGAUAACUACACACUUGCCUCACCUGACCCACCUGUCCCCUCCUAUGCUGAUGCCUGCCAGUUGGACGGACUACAAGGGAAGAGGAUUGGUAUCCCACGGAAUGUCCUAGCCUCCUUAGCUAUGGAAUCACAGGGCCCGGAAAUUCUCUCCGCAUUCGAAGCCGCCAUAGCUACACUCACUAAGGCGGGUGCUACUAUUGUGCAAGACGCGAACUUCACAGCUUGGGAGGAGUUUGCCAAGAGCAAGAGUGUAGUACAGGUUCUUGAUGCCGAUUUCAUCUCCAAUAUCCAGAGUUAUCUCUCUAAGCUGGAGGCCAAUCCGAAUAGCAUACACACCAUACAGGAUAUCAUCAAAUACACACAGAGUGACCUACGAGAGGACUACCCAAGGCGUGACACGGCCCGGUGGGAUACAGCACUCGCCGUCGGAAUCAACAACACGUCUCCGGAAUUCUGGCCAAUGUACCAAAAUAAUCUCCGCAUAGGAGGCGAAGGAGGCGUGCUGGGGGCUCUUACGCGCCACAAGCUCGAUGCUCUCAUUCUUCCUACAUCACUGGCUGCCUACAUCCCAUCAGUCGUCGGUACACCGGUCAUCACAGUCCCGCUUGGAGCAUACCCGAAUGGGACGGAAACCGUAUACAACAAGUUCGGCAAUCUGGUUCAGGUUGCCGAGAAUAUUCCUUUCGGGAUAAGCUUUAUGGGGGCACACUGGAGUGAGAGGACGCUGAUAGGCAUGGCUUAUGCUUUUGAGCAACGAACCCUAUUCAGACAGAAGCUCAAGCGCUAUAUUGAGCCACAUACCGAGAUUGCGGGGCAACUAGAGGGCGGGGACGAUGGAGUGCAGACAUAA